UCGUGUUAAGCACCGGCUCCCGGUCUCGGGUCGCUCUCCGCUGGUCACAGUCAGAGACCCCGGUGAGCACCCGCGGGGCGUGGAGGAAGCGGGCCGCACACGCACACUAUCGAUGAACGUCCUUUCUGGUCUGGAAAGGUGAUUGGAACUUCCCACCGCUGUGGUUCGCACGGGAGUGGAAAUUGGGGUGGAGUUGCCGCACUGCGGUUUCCUGGGACAGCCAUCUGCUUCAGCCCGGGGAACCUCAGCCCAGGCCAGAGGAACGACUCCCGACUCCACGGCUUGCAGCCAUGACUGCUAAGGUUAAGGACCAUCCACCACUGUGGGGCUUUGGAACAACAAAAACAUUUAAAAUUCCCAUCGAACAUUUGGAUUUCAAGUAUAUUGAAAACUGUUCAGAUGUGAAACAGCUGGAAAAAAUUCUUUGUGUGCUAAGGUCUGGUGAAGAAGGCUAUUAUCCUGAACUCACAGAAUUUUGCGAGAAGCGCCUCACCGGCUUGGCUCCCAGAAGUCGAGCUCUGAGGAAGGACAAGCCUGCAGCCACAGCCUCCAGCUUCCCAGCAGAAGAGUGGGAAAAAAUCGACAGCGAUCUAAAGAGUUGGGUAUCAGAAAUCAAAAGAGAGGAAGACACACGACACUUCCAUGACCCUGAAAAACAUCCGGGAGUGGAAGAUCCUCUGCCCCCUGUUCGUGGCUCCAACAGCUGUCCUCACGGCGGCAAGGAAACAUCUUCUAAAAGUAAGACAGCUAAGAAGAGGAUUCCAAGGGAUUAUGCAGAGUGGGAUAAAUUUGAUGUGGAAAAAGAGUGUUCAAAGAUUGAUGAGGAUUACAAAGAGAAGACUGUCAUAAACAACAAAGCUCAUUUGUCUAAAAUUGAGACGAAAAUAGACACAGCAGGUCUGACUGAGAAGGAAAAGAAUUUUCUUGCCAACCGUGAAAAGGGGAAAGGGAACGAGGCGUUCUACUCAGGAGACUACGAAGAGGCUGUGAUGUAUUACACCAGGAGCUUAUCCGCUCUUCCCACUGCGACUGCCUACAACAAUCGUGCUCAGGCGGAAAUCAAGCUGCAGAGAUGGAGCAGUGCUCUUGAAGACUGCGAGAAGGCCUUGGAGCUGGAGCCUGGAAACAUAAAAGCUCUCCUGAGACGCGCCACCACAUAUAAACAUCAAAACAAGUUCCUGGAGGCCGUGGACGACCUGAGAAAGGUGCUGCAGGCGGAGCCUGACAACGACCUGGCCAAGAAAACCUUAUCAGAGGUUGAAAGAGAGCUGAAGAAUUCAGAGCCUGCCUCUGAGCUCCAAACCAAAGGGAAGAGGAUGGUUAUUGAGGAAGUCGAAAACUCGGGAGAUGAAGGUGGGAAGGGAGACGGAGAUGAUCAUGAAAAUGACAGCGUGGAUAUGGCGGCCAUGGGCAACAUCCAGAAGAAGCUGAUGGUCCGGAGCGAGGGUGGCAGGCGGUCGCGGCGGGCCCGGACACCGGUGCCCCGAGCGGAGCAGCAGGGAGGCCAGCCAGAGACAGCGACGGCCAGUAUCAGCGACAACCACGACCCGGAGCAGCGGCGAGCCGCAGACAGUCCCGGCGACCUCAAGAGCCGCGGCAAUGAGCUGUUCCGCGGUGGGCAAUUCUCGGAGGCAGCCGCGCAGUACUCAGCGGCGAUAGCGCAGCUGGAACCCACAGGAAGUGAAAAUGCUGACGAGCUAAGCAUCUUGUAUUCAAAUAGAGCGGCAUGCUACCUCAAAGAAGGAAACUGCAGGGGCUGCAUCCAGGACUGUGACAGGGCUCUGGAACUUCAUCCGUUCUCAGUGAAGCCUCUUCUGCGGCGAGCGAUGGCCUAUGAGACCUUAGAGCAGUACAGGAGCGCGUAUGUGGACUAUGUAACAGUGCUGAAGAUAGACUGUAGGAUCCAGCUGGCCAGCGACAGCGUUAACAGAAUAACAAGAAUCUUAACAGAGCUAGAUGGACCAAAAUGGCGGGAGAGACUGCCCCCCAUCCCGGCUGUGCCUGCAUCUGAGUCUCUGAGAGUUUGGCACCCUGCUGCUGAGACCCCAGACCAAGAUCCGUGUCCCAACAGCUGCACGCCCAGCAUCACAGAUGAAAAAAUGUUUCAAGCCCUUAAGGAAGAAGGAAAUCAACUUGUAAAGGACAAAAACUAUAAAGACGCCAUUAGUAAAUACAAUGAAUGCUUAAAGAUUAACAGCAAGGCAUGUGCCAUCUAUACAAACAGGGCUCUCUGUUACUUGAAGCUGGGACAGUUUGAAGAGGCAAAGCUGGACUGUGACAAGGCGCUUCAGAUAGACAGCAAGAAUGUGAAAGCCUCUUACAGACUCGAGCUCGCCCAGAAAGGACUCGAGAAUUGCCGGGAAAGAGUGGCGGAUCCCAGUCAGGUUGUCCUCCUAAGCCCAGAUUCCAGUGAAGCAGCCAGGCACCUGGACACUAAGAAUGACACAGCACCUCCCAGCAGAGAGAGGGAGAGGAGGAGAAUUGAAAUCCAAGAGGUGGAUGACAGCAGUGAUGAGGAACCUGAGCGACCCACAGAGGCCUCUGCCGUGGAAGACGGAUGGUCUGCAGAACAAGCCGGGAAGAUGGAGGUCUGCAAGCCUAGGAAUGCCUAUGAGUUCGGGCAGCUCCUGACCACUAUCAGCGCCAGGAAAGACGAAGAGGCCUGUGCACAGCUUUUAGCCCUCACUGCUUCCCAAGACCUGCCUGUGUUGCUAAGUAACAAACUGGAAGGGGACAUGUUCCUCCUCAUCAUGCAGUCACUGAAAAGUCACCUUGUGGCCAAGGACCCCUCACUGGUGUAUAAGCAUCUCCUGUAUCUGAGCAAAGCAGAGAGGUUUGAGAUGAUGCUGGCACUGACUAGCAAAGACCAAAAGGAGCAGAUGGCGCAGCUGUUUGAUGGCCUGUCAGACGCGCAGGCUGACUGUCUCACGGCAGAGGAUAUACAGGCCCUAAGAAGGCAGUAUGUGCUUUAACUCGGGUGCUGAGUUCAAAGCAGUCUCUGAUGGAGUUGCAUGGGUAAAGCCACACCCAGAAGGACCCAUUUGGACAUCAGACGUUAUACUUAUUUUUGUAUCCAGAACAUGUAUAUUCUACAAUCUGAUUCUUAUUUAUUGUAAAUAUUCUCUUCUGUACUAGAGCCAAUACCUUUAUAUUUAAUAACUAUAUUCGGAACUUGGCAAACACUCUAAUUUAUAAAACAUUUUCUUUUAAUGACCUACCCAUAAAAACUUAAACACGUUCUUCGUUGUGGCAAUUCUUUCAGGUUUGACAGGAACCCAGGUCUUCCGUUCUUUAAAAGCAAAUGUUAGUACUGAUAACUCCAUCACUUUCUACCCACUCAGAUGCACAAAAUCUACUUUAGAGAUUGAAACAACACUUGCAUCUUUGAGGUCAUUAUUAGUUUAUUAACUUAGAGCCCUGAGGGAGUUAUUUUUUUCUAAUAUUUUUACUGUGACUUUCUUCUCGUUUGUAAACCUUUCACCCUACCUUUGUAUUUGAAUUGCCACCCUAGCCAAUAGUCGCCAUUCACACGCCCCCCCCCCAAAUCUGUUUUCUGCUUGGUUUCUUUACUGUAACAAGUGAGAAGUCACUGGAUGUUCCCUUUUCUGGGUUAAAGGUAUUCCCUAUGCAAUAAACAAACAUCCAAGUCUUAAUUUAUUUAA